CUCCUCCAUCCAGAACCAUGCCAGUCAUCAAGUACGACGAUCGCGGACGCGAGUCGCGCUCACCAUCGCUGCCUCAUGAAGAUCGCUCAAAGCGCACGCCCUCGCCAAGCGCCAACGCGGGACCAUCAAAGAAGCCGCGCCUGACCACCACCGACAUCCAGAAGAUGCAGGCUAGUAGGACUGACAUUUGCCAGCUCGAGCGUCUCCUCGCCAACCCCGAGAAGGAGAUCAAGAUCCCCGAUGGCCCGCAGGAGCGCCAGAUGCGCGCGCCGCGCGACAUGAUGAAGAAUGUGACUGGCUCGAGUUCGGGCGCAGGCUCGGGCGAGUUCCACGUGUACAAGCAGAGCCGGCGGCGCGAGUACGAGCGCAUCAAGAUCAUGGAGGAGAAGGCGCGGGCACUCGAAGAACAGGCCAACUUCCGCGAGCGCCAGGCUGCGCGCGACGCCGUCACGGACGCCAAGACGUCCAAGAACCGCGCACGGCGGCAGAAGCGCAAGGCCGGGCGCAAGGGCGAGGGCGGCGGUGGUGGUGGUGAGGGUGGAGCGGGGCCAGCAGCCGACAGCCACUCCAAGCUUGCGGGCGGCGGCGGCGCGGCGGUGGUGUUCAAGCGGCCUGGCGAGGAGGCGAGCGACGACGAGGAGGACGAGGGCGAAGUCGGCCCCGUGCCUACUGCGGCGGAGCCCGAGGUGCCCGUUGCGCCGGCCGUGCCUGUUGUCGCGGCUGUCGAGGUGGCCAUCACGCUGCACGACGACGACUAGAUGUAUUUUAUG